AUGGCUCAGCAGCACAGAGAAACCGCCGAGGUAGCUCAGAUGCUGGGCCUUCUGGCAGCGGAGGAGGACUGUUGGGGCACUGCCGGUCUCCAAGCUUUAUCUGAUGCCAACAUCUAUCCCAGCUAUGAUCUGCUGGAAUCUGUGAAAAGGCCAGUCCUGCAGAUCCAAAACUGCAGGACCUCCAUGACACAGGGCAACAGCAGGAUAUCUGAGACGAGUCCCACACCCCAUAACCUAUUAAAUGGAGAUGAUGAUGGGGCUAAACUCCAGUUCCAGGAAAACUGCAAAGUCCAGGAGAGCAAACAUCCUAUGGCAACCUACCCCACCCCACUCAGCAACAGCCAGUCAGGCUACAAAAGCAGGGUCAAGGCCUUCAGGACAAAGAGAACUGAAGCCACAAUUAGCUUCUUUCACUCAUGGCUGAAGCAGGGCCAGGGAAGAUGCACGAGCACCAAGGCAGCAAGGCAGGGCAGAAACAGCGGCGCUCUGAAGUGGAUAAGCCUGACCUUGAGCCCUGAUAUUAGGCUCUCAGACAUGCCCAAGUUCUUCUGGAGCCUCAGAUGCUGGGCGUGUGGAAGGGAGCACAGUGCCUGCUUUUCAGGCUGCUUCACCAAUUCAGAUGAUGUGAGUGGAGCCCUGGCACUUGUUUGGUUUCUACAGCCAGGAAGUAGAACAGGAGAAUAA